AUGCUCUUGCAAAGUUUGGUCACGGGCUUAGCUAUUGCUUCAGCAACAGCUCUACCUUUUCAAAAAGAUGUCGACAGUAACGGUACCAGCACUGCUAUUCCUGCAGAAUCUACAUUCCCAGUUGGUACUAUGAAUGUGACUUCCACCGACGGGGCGGCUAAUGGCACUAUGAUGCCAUCUUCAAUGGCACCAAACGCUACUGCGAUGCCAUCUCCAAUCGCACCAAAUGCUACUGUCAUAACCACAAUCACUUCUGCUGCUAUUCAACCAAAUGGUACUACUGUCUUGCCAGGCGGUACUACCUCUCUUUCUAACCAUACCGUUUACCAAAACUAUACCAUUACCGAAGCUCCUAAACCAACUACUUACACAGCAGUAAUUGGUGGUGUGACGAAGACUACUACUAUUGGUACUGUUGUUGAAACUACAUGUAUUGACGGAGUUACUAUUGAGACUUGUCCCGUUUGUGAUGCUCAAAACAGUACCGUUACAGCAACUCCAGCUAACAACCAGACUUUGACUUACACUGCUGUUGUUGGCGGUACUACCGAGACAAAGACUGUUGGCAAUCAAACUGUAACCACUUGUGUUGGCGGUACUACUGUGGAGACUUGUUUCAACUGUGGUCCAGUUACCUCUGCUUCUUCUACUCAAGCACCAGAGGCUACUAGUACUGCCACCGUGCCUUCUUGUGCCCCACCUGCUUAUUUCAAGCCAAAGGUUAUGAUUGUUAACAUGUUUGAGUUAGAACAAACUCAAUGGAUUGAAAAAUUAGAAUUGACCGAAAAUAUUACUGUUCCUAUGCUAUCACCAGUAUACCCACAUGUUCACGCAAACAAGAACUGGACGAUCAUGUCUUUCACUACCGGCGAAGCUGAAUCUAAUGCCGCUGCUUCCUUUACCGCUUUGUUAUCAUCUAGUCUGUUUGAUUUUUCCGAAACUUACUUCUUGAUCUCUGGUAUUGCAGGCGGUUCACCAAUUGAAACCAGUAUUGGUUCCGUUACUUUCCCUAAGUUUGCAGUUCAAGUUGGUUCAGCUUAUGAAUUGGACUCCAGAGAAAUUCCUGGAAACUGGACCUACGGUUACGUUAACUAUGGUGAUGACCAACCAAACAAGUACCCAACCCAAUGGUACGGUACUGAAGUAUUUGAAUUAAAUGGAAAUCUGCGUAACAGAGCAUUGGCUUUGGCUAACAAUGCAACUCUAACCAAUUUGACCUCCGAUUUGGAGAAGUUGAUUCACAAGUAUAACUCCUCCUAUGCUGCAGUCAAAGGUCCUCAAGUGGUUGCAUGUGACACUGCAACUUCCGAUGUCUACUGGAAGGGUUUCCGUUUGGCUCAAUGGGCUGAGGAUACCGUUCGUACUUACACCAACGGUACCGCUAAGUACUGUUCGACCCAACAAGAGGACAAUGCAUCUUUGGAAGCCAUUCUAAGAGCUACUAAAUUUGGUCUUGUUGAUUACAACAGAGUUGUUAUCAGCAGAAGUAUCUCCGAUUUCGACAGACCAUUCAAUGGCGUCAAUGUCACCCAAUUCGCCUUGAACGGCACUUUAUCUUACGCUGGUCAAAGUACACAAAUCGCUCUUGAUAACUUGUACAAUGCUGGCCUACCAUUCGUGCAGGAUGUUAUCACUAACUGGGAAUCCUUAUACAAAGUUAACCAUUUCAACCCAAAGAACUACACCGGUGACUACUUUGAAACUUUGGGUGGUAAAAAGAACUUCUAA